UAUCUUUCUUUGCUUCCCCAGUGCUUAGCACCAUGUCUGUCAUGUUACUUAAUAAAAGCUUAUUGAUUUAACUUAACUAAACAUCUAGAGUGUGGGAAAAGCUUCAGGCAGAGCUCUAACCUUGUUACCCAUAUAGAUGAGAAGCCUUAUCAACAAUGACUCCUGGACAAUAACUUUAGUCAGAGAAACCAGUUUAUCAGCCAUCAUAGAAUUUGUUGGAGGACAAGCCUUAUGAUUGUAGGAUAUGCAGAAAAAUAUUUUUGAAGGACUAGCUUCUCUUCUAUCACCCCAGAUAACACACACUGGGGAAAGGGCCAUAUGGCCAUAAUGAGUGUGGGAAAAUGCUGUGGACCCACUAUACACAAGAAGCCUCAGAAGUGAAAACCCUUAUAUGAGUCCUGAUUGUGGUGAAAUGUUCACCACCACCUCAGUCCUCAUUGUCCAUUAGAGAAUCCAGAUUGGAGAGUGUAGAAAUGCUUUCUGUUCUCUCAUUUGGCUCAACAUUUAAGGAACCACAGUGGAGGGCUACAGUUGCCACUUUUGCUGAUAGGGCUUCUGGGAACAUAGCUCAGAGAGCACAGAGUUGUAUCCACACUGAUAAGCUUUUUUUCUUAUUCCUUGUGUUGGGGGAAAGCUUUGGUCAGAACUCCAACUUAGUCAUCCCCUGUCAAAUCCACACUAGAGAGAAGCUUUUUGUGUGUAAGAAAUAUGGGUGGGGUGUCAACCUUCCAAUCUCUACAAGGACUGGUUGGAGGCAGCCUUCAGGCUCUGCUAAAGGAGGGAAAUCUUCAGCAGCAUAUAGCUCCUAUUCAUUUUCAAACUCUAGUCAGGAUCCAUCUCUAGGAAAUUUCUUUCCCAUCUAGAAUCACCACCUAGGUACAACCCUGCUUACUCUCUCCGUAGUCUUCUCUUGUUUGUUUGUUGUCUCCUCUCAGUAGCGACGAAUGGAAUCAACAAUCAAUUUGGGUCACGAAUGAGAUGUAGUAUGGUUUCGUUGGCCCCAUGUGCCAUUAGCUUUUUGCACUGUCUUAUAGUUUAUUUUCCAUAUUCUUGUUUUUUCAUGCUGCUUCUAAUAUUUCUUUACCACUUACCAUGUACUAGGUGUUAUCUCAUUGUCUCCCUUUCCUCUUCAAGAAUCUGUAUCAUAGUAGGGAUACAGAUUUAGGCUGUUUGUGAAAUACGGGUUUGGGUCUGCCUCAAGAAUUGGCAGCAUUUGACUGAUUUUAGCAGUAUAAGCUCUUUGCAAUAAAGCCUUUCUAUCACAGCAUCAUUACUAUGGGUAAGCCACAUCCUUUCUCUGGGCCUCAGUUUCCUUGUCUCUAAAAUGAGAGAGCUACACUAAUUAAUAAGAUCCCUUCCAGCUCUGUGGACCCUAUGAUCCUAUUUAGAUUGUACUUGUUUUAAGAGUAUACUAUCAGCACCCUCAUUAAGUCCAUGAUGUCAAAGCCAAGGUGUAGGUGUACUGUUCAAAAGUCUGAAUAUCCUGAAUAUUAGGAUGCGAUAGAAGCACCUAGAUCACUCUAAUGCUGAGAAGACUUGGGGACAAUGUCUUCCCGGAAGACACCAGAGGAUUAGCCUGGCCACUCUGUCAUAAACUGGUAGGGGGGAGGAGAAGAAUGCAGUGUUGGCUUAGAUCGUGAAGGUGUUUUUUCAGGGAAACAGAGAGUUGAACCGUAGGACUGCGGUGUUAAAGGGCUUAAGGGAAGUUGUGGCACCUGCUAGAAGAUGAACAGGAACUGAAUUCAGUAUUAUUGCAGGACCUUCUGAACUUAGAGUAGUUACUUUCUAAUUUGCAUGUUAUCUAAAUAAUAGGAGGUAAUUAGAGAAGGAAUCUAACUUUUUAUGUGCCUGAAAAACAUUGACCUGUUUCUAUGUGACAUCUGAAAUAGGCACUUUUUUGUUUGAGGAGUGGUGUGGGGGUACGAGUGAAUGGAAGUUCUUCUGUCUCUAAGAUUCUACUAGUUUGACAUUUCACUGUCAUCUUUACUGUUCUCAUCUUUUCUUUCCUGCCUACCCUUUUUAUAAAAUUUCUCUUGACUAGGCAUAAGUGUAAUUACCACCUGAGCACUGGUACAGCCAUUCCCUCGCAGGAAGCUGCUACACAUUACGUAGUCACCUGUACUCAUUUUUGACUCCUCCUUGGUUUAACAUAUGUGAUCUGCACAUCCACUGGAAGACCCAUAUUAAGUGAAAAGGCUUGUGUGCCCUGAUUGUGGUGACAUUUUCACCACAGGUAACUGUCAUUAUCCAUUGUGAUGUCACUUACAUCUGCCCUCUCCUUAUUUAAUAUUCCUACUGACCUGGAGUAUUGUAAUUGCCUCCUACAUAGUAUCCUCCCUCUCUCAUUGUCUUCCUAAUUUUCCUACUGCACUAUUAUGACAUCCCUCAUAUGCUCAAAAUCUUCAAUGCCUCCCCAAUGCAUAAGGAAAAGGACCAAAUAUGGCAUUCAAUCAUACUUCUCUCUACCUUUCCAGUCAUCUCACACUACUCAUAACAUAUUUUGUGUUCCACCCAAAGUAGAGUACUUGCUUUCCCUCAUUUCCUCUCUCUUGAAACCUUUUUUUCCCCCUCACAUAGUACCUUAUAUCUGGAAUGCCCUUCUUCUCCCAUCUCUUGUCUGUUGACUUCUAGCCCAUUCUUCAAAGCCCAGCUCCUCCAUAAAGCCCCACCUGAUCUCUCCUGGGUAGAAGUGAUUUAUUCUCUCCCCUGAUUUCAUAGUACUUUUUAUUGUAGUGCACUGUGUUCCUAUAUAUAUGUGUAUGUGAGUGUAUGUAUGUAUAUGUCUAUGUGUGUAUGCAUAUAUACAUAUAUAUGUCAAAUCUACUCUCCUGUAUUAUAAAGUACUUGAAGAUAGUUGGAAAAAUUACUUAGGAUACUUAAUACCAUGUAUCUUCCCCCAUACACUGCACAUUUUAAGCACUUAAUAGAUUUUUGAACAAAAAGGGGCUUUUUUUCUUGGAUCCAUUAUGACAUUUAAAGUCAUGCUACAGGUAUGAGGAAAGGUGAUGCAAAAAUCUAAGGAGCCAAUUGUCAAGCUCUAGAUGAUGUUUUUGCAUCUGAAAAACCACAAAAUUCAUCUCUAGAAGGUAGGACCAUGAGAAGGCCAGCUGCCCUGGAAAAAAAACGGAGAUAAAUCAGGGUGAUCUCUGUUGAAGUCCUAAAUCAAGCCUGGAGCCUUAAGCUUCUGGUCUGCUUUCCUGCUGGCUACUUCCCAGUUAGUUUAGUUGUCUAGGAGACAGUGAGACAGUUCUGUGAUGGGGUCAGUACAGGGAUGCAUUUAAGGAGCAGCUGUUCACAGAGUUACUCACAUAAGCACAAUCUACAAUCUGUCUUCAAAACUGUAAGUUCCCUGAGAAGUGAGGGAUCAUAGCCUCCCCUUUCCUCAGUGCUAGGCACAUAGUAGGCACUUAACAUUUGAUAAAUUGAAUAAAGCUUCCAAUUUCAUAUCUCCUAAAGUACCCAAGGCUCAUUUUCUAAUGAGAAUAUAAGUAGUUUUGAUCUCAAGACCCAAUAAUGUGAGAAAAAGACUGUCUUAAAAUGUUCCCAUUUAGUUACCACCAGCUACUAGCUUACAAACCUUUCAUUUAAGUCUUAUUCCUUAUCUGUUUCAGUGGCUAUAAAGUAUUCAGGGAACUGUACUACUUGUCCUAUUAACUAGAACUAAUAGUCCAAUUUACCUCACAGGAAACUGUGCUGAUUCAGAGAGGAUAAUGCUUUAGCGAGUCAUCAGGAUUUUAAGGAGACCAAAAUCCUAAGACCUAUUCUGGAAUUGAGUUGUAUUUUUAGGGUGGUUGGUCUCAGAACCAGCCUGGCCUUUUGAGAGAAAUGAGGCCAGACUUCUUAAGACCCCUCCAACUUGGUAGUAGGGACAAGGUACUUUCUAUAACAUUAUAUAAUACCCUUGGGGGCAUUUUAAGCAGAGUCAGAAACUAGAAUACCUAUGUGUGGUUCUGUUUCCAGACCUGAGUACAAUAUACUAUUAUUUCCAAUCUUGGUCAAUAAAUCACUAAAAAAACAACUUUUUUUUUCUUUUUUUACCCACAGAGCUCUUUGUCCCUUGGGGCUGGGCAAGCCUAGAACUUGGUGUGAUCCAGGAAGAUGGAGUGGUCUAGAAACAGACAGGAUCAGGCCUUCCUGAUGCCAGUGACUUUUGAGGACGUGGCCAUAUACCUUUCAAGGGAGGAGUGGAGGCAGCUGGACCCUGCUCAGAGGGACCUCUACACAGAUAUCGUGCAGGAGAAAAAUGGCCUGGCCUUAGAAGCUGUAAAGAUUGGAAAAGUAGGGUUUAUUCCACUGGAAGCUGCUGGUGAUGCAAAGAUGCUUGGGACUGGAUUGGGAAGAGCCCAUGGGGAUGUCCCACAAGCCAUGGAGCAAGAAGGCAGCAGGGAGAGCUCAAGGGAAAGUCAGCAGCUUAGCCUCCUGGAGAGGAGCCAGAAGAAAGUAGUCCUACCUGAAAAAGACCUGAAAAAAACCCUGGACCUUCUUGUUCUGAAGAAACCCUGCAUCCCUGAGAAAUACUACCAAGACAGCAGUGGGGAAGGCCCAACCCCAGGAGGGGACAAACCCGGACCAGAACCAGAGCUCCUGGCCCCCCAGCUUACCCUUCCCACCAAAAAACCUUACACAUGUGAAGAAUGUGGCAAGGGUUUCAGCUGGCACUCUCACCUAGUGACCCACCAGCGUAUACACACGGGAGAGAAGCCCUAUACGUGUACAGACUGUGGCAAGUGCUUCAGCCGAAGCUCCCACCUCAUUCAGCACCAGAUCAUCCACACGGGGGAGAAGCCUUACACCUGCCCUGUCUGCUGGAAAAGCUUCAGCCAUCACUCCACACUGAUACAACACCAGCGCAUCCACACUGGGGAGAAGCCUUACGUGUGUGACCGGUGUGCCAAGUGCUUCACCCGGCGCUCAGACUUGGUGACCCACCAGGGGACCCACACAGGUGCCAAGCCUCAUCGAUGCCUGGAAUGCAACAAAUGCUUCACCCAGAGCUCAGCCCUGGUCACCCACCAGCGGACCCACACGGGCAUCAAGCCCUACCCCUGUCCUGAGUGCGGAAAGCACUUCAGCCAGCGCUCCAACCUCACUGCCCACCAGCGCACCCACACAGGGGAGAAGCCCUUCUCUUGUAGUGACUGUGGCAAGAGCUUCAGCCACAGCUCCCACCUCACUGCCCACCAGCAGACUCACCGUGGUGUCCGGCCCUACCCCUGUCCCCUGUGCGGCAAGAGCUUCAGCCGUCGUUCUAACCUUCUUCGACAUCAGAAGAUUCACAUUGGCCCUAAGGCCCGGGCUGUGCUGAUGCUGGGGGCAGUGGGGACUCUCACCAGCCCUCACCCUGCUCCCCCGUAAAAGGCCAGGGGAUGAAUGGUGUGAGGAUAUGGAAUCCAGGGCAAGUGCUGAUGAGCCUACCUGCAGGAUAGGCCUAAUUCAAAGACCAAAGGCAGUGAGAGAGGGAAGACAGAUGAAAAAGAGGAUGGGGAUAUGAAGUCAGAAAGGGAGAGGGGUGGGCUGUUGUGGGGAUAAGGGUGGGAGUUGACUGGGGUGGAGUUGGGAGUAGGAAUGUGAGAGGAGCUACAAAAAGCAAGCACGUCUUCUAAUUAAAGGCCUUUGAAACCAGUCUAUGACUCCAACCAAUGUGGCCCCAAACCCACUGUUAAGCUUGGAAGAUAAAAGGAUGCAUUUUUGGGCUGACAUUGUACCGAGGCUGACCUGAAAUCAUGCCCUCAGCAACCAUUCUCUCUGAAAGCAUAGGCACUUUCUUCUCCUCCAUUCAAACCUGGACUCUUUCCUUUUUAGCCAAAGGCACAUCUCAGUAAAGCCUA